AUGGCGCCGGUCAGUUUGCCUCCUGGUUUCAGGUUCCACCCCACUGACGAGGAACUCAUCAUCUACUACCUUAAGAGGAAGAUCAACGGGAGACAGAUUGAGCUCGAAAUCAUUCCGGAGGUUGAUCUUUACAAGUGCGAGCCAUGGGAUUUGCCAGAAAAAUCAUUUCUUCCAAGCAAAGACCUUGAAUGGUACUUCUUCAGCCCCCGGGACCGCAAGUACCCGAAUGGGUCAAGGACAAACCGUGCAACAAAAUCUGGGUACUGGAAGGCAACCGGCAAGGACCGAAAAGUGAACUCGCAUAGGCGUGCAGUUGGUAUGAAGAAGACCCUGGUGUACUAUCGGGGCCGAGCUCCACAUGGUUCUCGCACCGAUUGGGUCAUGCACGAGUACCGCCUCGACGAGAGGGAAUGCGAGACUGACACGGGCUUACAGGAUGCAUACGCUUUAUGCCGAGUGUUCAAGAAGACAGCGCCUGGGCCAAAAAUCAUAGAGCAUUAUGGCGCAGUGCACCAUCCCAUCGAACACCCUCAGUGGAUGGCAGAGGCAGGCAGUGUUGACCGCCACUCCCCAACGCUGGACUUGUCCAGUGACGCUAGAGGUGACGACUUCGAGAGCAGCAGCUUCUCGUUCCCGACGGAGGCGCCCAGCAUGGACUCCAUGCACGGGAUGCAGAUGAGCGCACCCCACGAGGAUGGCAAAUGGAUGCAGUUCCUGAGCGAAGACGCCUUCAACGCCACCAAUAACCCUUUCUUCAUGAACCCACCUUCUUCUUCAAGCUUCCCAUGCCUCCCGUCCAAGGUGGAUGUCGCACUGGAGUGUGCAAGGAUUCAGCACAGGCUCUCGUUGCCUCCCCUGGAGGUGGAGGACUUCCCACAGGACGUCAGCCUCGACACCAAGGCGAGCGUGCUCCGCAGCAACCCCAACGAGGUCGACAUCCUCCAAGAGUUCCUCUCCGUGGCGUCGGCCUCACAGGAGCUCAUCAAUGGCGCCACCAGCAGCUGCUACGCUGCAGAGUUGUGGCCAUCAGGCGCGGGCACAAGCAGCACCAGCACCCACUACGUCAACGAACUGUCUUCCCUCGUUGAGCUCGGGGUGAAGGCCAAAGAGGAGGCAGACAACUUCUACUAUAUGGACUGCAUUGUUGGAACAUCUGUAGGGUUCUCAUCCAAGUCGUCGGUCCAAGUCGAUGAACAGGCCGUUAGGUUGGUUGAGAUCGCUGACAUCGAGGGGUUGAAGCAGGAAGAGAAGAGGCAGGUAGAGAACCUUAGAGGUGUGCGGCUUCACAACAAUGACCUAGGAGAGAUUGUUGUACAAGGAGAUGAAAGCAAUCCAACGGACUGCAUCACACAAUACCCCAUAUCAGAUUAUUCUGCUGACAAUUUAGGAGAAGCCGGUCACCUGGCCGAUCCCACUGACGUUGGCGGCGGCCUAGCCACUGCACCCAUCUUCUCGCAAUCUCAGCCUGACGACUUCGCUAUUGGGUUCGGUGACGUCGACGUCAACCCUAAUGCAUCUUUCGACCUGUACGAGAGGGUCGACGUCAAGCAUGGGCUCUUCGUCUCAACGGCCGGUGCGCCGAAGACAUUCUUCCACCACGUUGAGCCAUCGAAGAAGGUCAGCGUCUACCUGAGUCCCGUAGCGAGCGACGUCGUCGGCAAGGCGACCGAGAAGUUCCAUUCCCCCAUUACUGUGACAGCAACCAAAGCUUCCGUUUUUAGCAAGUUGAAGGCGCUCGUCACUCGUCAGGGACAAAUUCCUGGUGGGGAAGACGCCUCCAUCAUGCCGCCGGAGGUCCUUAGGCAGCAAAGAAAUAGCGGCAGUGAGUGAGUUGCUGCAGAUAGUACGUACUGUUGUCGCUCCUCUUAAUGACACCAAUGGAGGCAGGCCCCACGACGAUGAAUACCGAGCAAGAGUUGGUCAAGAAGGCGAAGAAGGUGAUGAAGCCGGGGCAUGGUGGUGGUGAUGGAAACCAAGCAUGUCUUCUUCUUCCACUCUCCAAGAGGAGCAAAGGCAUUUCCAGCAUGUUCUUCUCGGUGAGAAAUGGGCAUAAUUUC